GACAGAGAUGGCCGGGCAGAGUCCGAGUACGUCGUCGCCGUCCCUACAACUGUCAUCGCUGUCCCCACCGCUGUUCUCGCUGUCCCUACCGCUGUUGUCGCUGACAAUAGCACCAGGCAGAAUCAACGGAAACGUCUGCACGCAGACACCUCGGCUGCAGAGGGCAGAGAUGGCCGGGCAGACUCCGAGUACGUCGUCGCCGCCCCUGCCGCUGUCGUCGCUGACAAGGGCGCCGUCGGCAGUUCGCACCGAUCCCCUCGGACGGUGCGCAUCAAAGAGGAGGCAGACAAUGACCCCCUCCCCACGAGCACCUCCGAACUGGCUCUCGCGUGCACGUCGCAGGAGGCCAGCGACCAGGCAGGUGGGUCGAUCCCGCCCGACGCUCGGCCCUCGGCGUCGAAGCGACGGCGUGUCACGAUCAGUGGCAUCUCGCACCCCAUCAACACGGACGUCAAGAACUCUGCAUCAGACAACAUCAACAACAUUUCGCCUGUUGUGAUGGGCUUCACGAUCAUGCGCGACGACCCCGCGGCGCUGGAGCAAGUGCGCUCGAUGCUCACCGUCAAGCAGAAGCAAAAGGAGCUGAUCGAACAAAGACGGGGGAGUACGGCUUCCAUCGUGUCUACGGUCCCGCCCUCCGUGAACGUCGUGAACGCGCCGCAGUCGUCGGACGACCGACAGCAUGCUCCAAGGAGCGCUGCCCCUGCACGCGCGGGUGGCCGCAGUCCAAAUUUGCAACAGGCGGCUGCAGAUCGUCGACGCUCUACAGCCGCCGGGACGUCCGCAGCUCCGCAGAACCAUUCGGGAUCGUCGGGUACACGGCAUUCCAGCCCCAAUACGCUUAUCAGCGCCGCCCAGCAGCCCCUUCCGAUGCCAGCGGCGUCUGCAGAGAACCCGACGUUCGUGCACACCACGUCUGCGCCCGCCCCUUCGCACGCGCUUCCGGCCCCGUCUAUCAGCUUCGGGAAUCGCCGCCGCCAGCUGGGUGGAGCCAAGGGCAAGCCGGCGGAUAUUGUGAUCAGCCCGCACGGCCCCCAGGCGACGCACCUGCAGCCUGCGAUACAGAGCGCGCCGCCCGUUCCGCGCGCAGACCAUGGCCAGGGUGCGUCUGGGCGGUAUCCCGGCAUGGCGAUGCCCAGCCUGCCGCAGGUGGGUGGGGCUGCGCCGAGGUACAUGACGAGCCGAGUGCCGCCGACGCCCACGCGGCUGAGCAUGCAGCGCAACGCGGGCCCGAGCCAUCUGUCGCAGGCGUCCGUGAGCUCGAUAGCGGGACGGUCGCCACCGAAUCCCUCCAUACCCAUUGCGACGUCGCUGGUGCCGCCGACGCCCGCGACACUGCACCACCCGCACUACACGAGCGAAAAGUCGGCGUUCUUGGCGCCGUUCGAGAUGUUCUACGACGCGCUCGCGGACUCGAAGCAGCUCAAGAACUGGCUGGGCGAGCAGCUGCAGAAGUCGCAUGCGCUCAGCGCGUCGCUGCAGCGCCAGCAGGAGCAUCUCGACGAGAUCGUCAGCGCCGCGGUCGACAGGCGAACAGCGGCGAUGCGCGAGGACAUCUACUCUCUUCACCGGCGCAUCGAGGAGCUCGAGCACGGCCUGCAGCGCGCCACGCUCGGCAAUCAGGGCUACAGCCCGCGCGCCGGGGCCGGGGCCGCGAAGGGCAAGGGCAAGGCGACGAACGGCGCGUCUGUCGCGCCCGAGAUGUACACCUUCCCGCCCAUCGAGCCGCACAUCCGCCGCCCCGAGCCGAUCCGGCGCAUCGCGUCGCCCGCGGAGCUCGAGGCGCGCAGCUUCCCGAACUCGCAAACCGCGUCGCCCGUGUCGUUCGAGAUCGGCCGGCGCAUGUCCGUCUCGGCCAUCCGCCUCGACCCGCGCACGCCGCCCGUGGACGCCUCGCGCAAGGCGUACGCGCACGCGGCGCGCGACCUGCAGGGCCCCGGGUACCACCCGCCGCCGGGCAAGGACGCGCGCUCGCCCAAGGGCGGCAUGGCGGCCGCGCGCAGCCAUCUGCACCCGUCGGAGGACGCGUCGGCGCGGCGCGGCGCGGGCCCGCGCCCGUCUGUGUCUGCGUCUACGUCUGCGGAGGGGCACCUUUAUCGCGAGGCGAAGGGCUCUCCUGCGUCGAGCGACGGCAAGCCGGAGGCGGCUCGCCGGGAGGCGGCGUACGCGUCGCCCGCGGGCAGCCGUCCGCGCUCGCCGAUGGACGAGCGAUGA